AUGGCUAGAACUAAGCAAACAGCAAGAAAAUCUACCGGUGGUAAAGCCCCAAGAAAACAACUAGCGUCCAAAGCGGCUAGAAAGUCCGCACCAUCUACCGGUGGUGUCAAGAAGCCUCACAGGUACAAGCCAGGUACCGUUGCCUUGAGAGAAAUCAGAAGGUUUCAGAAAUCCACAGAAUUGCUGAUCAGAAAGCUGCCUUUCCAGAGAUUGGUGCGUGAAAUUGCGCAAGAUUUCAAGACCGAUUUGAGAUUUCAGUCCUCGGCUAUCGGUGCCCUACAAGAAUCCGUUGAAGCGUACCUCGUCUCGUUGUUCGAAGACACCAACUUGGCUGCGAUCCACGCCAAGCGUGUCACUAUCCAAAAGAAAGACAUCAAGCUUGCCAGAAGACUACGUGGCGAAAGAGCUUAG